AUGACUUCCAGCUUCAAGAACAAAGCUUGGGGAUGGAGAUGCAAGGUGCUCGGCUCCAAGGACGAGAAGUCCCUCUCCGAUUUCUCCAACAACAGCACCGAUUCGGAGAAGAGACCUGCCGCGGUCAAACCCGUCAAAGAGACCAGUGGCGCGGCUCUUGUUGUCAAGACCAUGUACGAAAGCGACAUGCGGCAUGGCAUUUACAGCUGGUCGGAUUACCCUCCCCGCCAACAGAGCAAGAGGGACCUCAAGAACCUCGACCGCGUCGCAAUCAAGGUGUACAAGAUCAAGGACAUGGAUAGGCCUGUUAUCGACGGUAUGCAUUCCCUGAAGCACCACAAGAUCAGCAUCCACAACCUGGCGCUCGUGGCUGCUCUCGACCCCAUCUUGCGUGCCGAGGACUGCCACCUCGACACAAACGAGCCUGCCGAGUUCGAAGCACCCUUCCAGCCUCUCUUCUUCUGCUACGAUGCCAUAGUGGCCGCAAUGCGCAGCAGACCGGAUGCCGACCCGCUGAAGCCAUUUCUGCAGCUGCUGGUCUGCGUCAUGGACGAGGUGUUUGUCCACACGUGGAAAAAGCGCCGCCAGCUGGCCGACAAAGGCCUCAUCUCCUUUGAACAUGCCUGGACAUACUUCCAGCGAGGCACCGUUGUGCGCAGCCACGGCACCAACAGCGACGUCAUCAGCCGUGUCGUUAGGACAGCCUAUGUGGAGCAGAUGUGCGAGCGUGUCCUUGCCGUGACCGUCCAGGCGCUGCGCUUCAAUGGCGAGGCUUUUGAAUGGGCUGAAAAGGAUUUGCACAUCGCCAGCUUUCCGGGCAACCGUCCGCUGUCCAAAUUUGACCACUGUCCAAUGUCACACGUCAAGGACGGCAAGUUAAUCAUGGAGCACAUGGCUCGACGUGGCCGCCGGGUCCUCGACCUGCAGGGGUUGACGUACUGCAACUACGAAGGCGUGGGUAUUUUCGAUGUGCCCGAGGGCCAUACAGAGAAGCAUAACGUUGACGGCCGCAUCCUUGUCGACGUCGCCGGCUUCAACAGAUAUAAGCUGGCACAAGGUUCGCGUGAAGGCAAGGACAGCGUGUCAGUGCAGAAAGUCGUCGAAGGCACGGGUCGUAUCACAGGCGUGUCUCAAUACAGAGGCACAGUCGAUCUUACUGAAGACAAUCUGACCCCUAAAAAGGACACGCCCCUAAAGUCAGCAACUCUGAUGACUGGCCGACUCAGCGAGGAAGAACAGGCCACGAACAAGGCGACGAUGCUUACUAAGCCCGAGGACCUCAUGUUCAUCUCCCCCCUGAUCGAAGCGUAUUCGCUUAAGAUCAAGCUCUGGUUGAUGGUGUAUGUUGAGGACAUCCGACCGAUCAGAUGGAACGACCAGGCCUACGACCACCUCGUCUAUGACGAGCAGCAAAAGGAUCUCGUCAUGUCCUUUGUCGAAAGCCACGGCCACACGAGAAGCAGAGUGGAUGAUGUCAUUCUGGGCAAGGGCGAGGGCCUCAUCGUUCUGCUGAGCGGGCCUCCGGGAACAGGAAAGACGUUGAUGGCGGAAGCCGUAGCCGACCGCACACACCGGCCGCUCUUGUACCUGCAGGCAGAGGACCUGGGCAUCAGUGCGGCAGUACUCGGGGCCAACGUCAAGAAGUUCUUUGAGAUGGCCACCGAGUGGAACGCCAUCAUCCUGUUGGAUGAGGCCGACGUGUUUAUGGCAGAGCGCCAUCCGCAGGACAUUGCGCGCAACGAGCUGGUGUCCAUCUUUUUGCGCGAGCUCGAGUACUACCGCGGCAUCAUCUUCAUGACCACCAACCUGUUCAGCUCCAUCGACAAGGCCUUUCGCAGCCGCGUCAGCUUGCACCUGUUGUUCAAACCGCUGCUGCCCGAGGCUCGCUUGCUGGUGUGGCAGAAGUUUCUGGUGCGUGCGACGGCAGCCCGGAAGGAGAUGCUCGAGAUGUCGCGUGUUGUCGAGGUGGGCGCCGUCGAGCAUACGGCUCAGGGAGAUUGGCUUUCGCGUGGCGUAUCGGGAUCGUCCAUCAGCAACGAUGAUCUCAAGGAGCUGUCGGCCUGGAGCCUCAACGGGCGUGAAAUCAAAACGGCUGUCACCAUGGUGACGGCGUGGUGCGAGCACAAGGGCCACGAUCUGACGCUAGAGCGGCUGGAGCACGGCAUCCAGGCGACGUCGCCUCACGCGUCAAAGGCGGCGAUGGCAGAAAGCGACGAGUUAAACGGCCCCGAUCAGGACGAGCAGGGCCUGGACGCCCAGAAGCACGAUCCACACGCGGUUUAA